AUGAGGCCCAUCUACGCCCUCUUCCUCUUGGCCCUAGGAGUCAACGGCCAGAGAUACAAGUCUUCCUUCGUCAACACUGCCCGGCGUGAUGACCCCGCUCCGAUGCAGGGAGAACCACCCAAGACCUGCCCCGGCGAGCUAACCCAGGGCUUCGAGUUCCCGCAUCUAAUCAUUCCCAUCGACUCCACUGCCCCCGACAAGGCACUAGGCACGUCCUACAAUGGCACAGCCACCCCAACCAUCUCAUCAAUCUUCAACUUCGACAUCCCAAGCUCCAGCAAGGGGAUGAGUUGUUCUCUCUGGUUUUUGUUCCCACAGAGGAACUUUCUCUUCAAAGGCGAUGGUGCGGUGAAGUUUAGUAGACUUGCUAAGGCAGCGACGACAAACACGUCGUUUGCGAACGCGCCAGCUUUGAAAGACCAGUUGCUGGAGCGGAAAUUGAGUCCCGGGGGGAAUUCUAAUGUGACUAAUUUCGAGUGUCCCGCGGCGGAGAAGAUCGCGUUUCGAAUGGAUAGUGUGGGCUCCACCGAGUUAAGUUAUUUUCAGGAUUCUUCAAGUCCCCCGUGA